ACACUAAACAUGAUGUACAACAUAACACAAAAACAAAACCAAAUUUCAAGAACAAGUCCAUCAACACCUCUAAAUAUGUUGAACAAAAAUUCACAAAAUAUAUCCAAAUUGAAACCAAAAAUUCGAAUAAUUCAUAUAUUUGCACCUGAGAUUAUCAAAACAGACGUAGCGAAUUUUCGAGAACUUGUUCAAAGACUCACAGGGAAGCCAUCAGAGAUCAAGAAAAGAUCAAGAAUUAGUAGUACUAAGAAAUUAGUUCCAACAAAAUUGGAAUUAAUUAAAGGUGGAUAUAAUUGUAAUUAUCCAUCAGAGUUAAUUAUGAGAGAAAAGAUUAAAGGUGAAGAACAAGAAGAUAUAUGGAGAAAUGCUAAUUAUGGUGGAGGGUUUUUGGGUGGAUUUCAAGAAUUUGAUGGUUUUAUGCAAGAUUUUAAUCAAAUUCCAUUACUCCCUUUGGAUACUAAUAAUACUACUAAUCAUCAUUUGGAUGGUUAUGGAGAAUCUCCACUAGCUAUUCAGAUAAGUGAUACGUGAAUUGCUCAGAAAAAAUUGAUUUGAUAGACGGAUUGAGAUGAUUCGUGAGACAGUUCGA